UUAGGCGGUUUGUUAUGAUGCUAACGAGUGAGAACGUGGAAACUGAGUCGGAUUUCGAUGCUUCUUUAUUGUUUGAAGUCAGUUAUUUAGUCAAAUAUAUUAAGUAGCGGUGAUUAAUUAGUUUUCUAUACGUUACAAAGACGUUACUGCUUAAUACGAGUUCAAAUUUUAUUUGACUGAUGAGACGUAAAAAUGAAUUAAAGGCUAAUAAUAAUAAAAAAGUUUGUCAGUUAACAAACUGGACUAUUGUACUACUGAGAGAGGGAGAUGUAGCUAUACAAGGAUUGCAUUGGCCUAAAAGUAAUGGAUCUACUUGGCAAAGCACAGCUGUUACUUCAAGAACAACUAACAAAACACUUGAAACUACAAACAGAAUUUAUAAAUUAAAAGGUCAACUAAAUAAACAGUUAGCUUUAAGCAAAGGUAUUCCUCCAAAAAUAAUAGAUGCAUUUUGUGAUGGAUUUCCAACCAAUUGGAAUGUUCUUAUUAAAAAUUUUUGGAAUGUUUAUACUACUACAAAGAUUGACCCAAAAGAUUAUGACCCUUCUCAGCAUACACAAAAUGACCAAAAUUACAAACCGUUAAACACUAAAGAAACUAAGAAGAAAAUUCAAAAACAAAAUACACAAAAUAAGAAAUGUGAAGUAGAUGUAUUAGUGACUAGUUUCUUAUCAAAUUCAAGAAGUUUGUCUAUUUAUUGUCCUCCAGAAACACAAUCAAAAAAAAAUGUUACCAGAAAGAAUAUGAAGCAACCAGCAGCAGAAUCUGCUUUAAAAGUUAAAAGUAACUUAAAUAUUAUAACAGAACAAGAAAAUGUAAAAAAGAAUAUAAAUUCAGAAAAUCAGACCCCAUCAGUCAAAGAUGAUAUCUUUUUAAAGCCAAAAGAUCCUGUUUCAAAAAAACUAAAUGGUAAAGGAAAAAUGACUACAUCUGAAUCAAUGAAUUUAAAAGAAAAUGUUUCUUCAAAAAUGCAAUUAAGAAAUAGAAAACCUGCAAAAGACAACACUGUACAGUCCAUUAAUGAAGAGAAAGUCCAAAAAGAAAUAGAGAAAAAAGAAUCAUCCAGAGUAAAGAAACAAAACAAAAAACCAACAACAGUUAGUAAUGUUCAGUCUACUGUUUCUCGUGAACAGAAAAUAGAAAAUGUUGCUGAUAAAAAACAAAAUACAGAUUGUGUUCAAGCUUAUCCAAAGAGAAGAGUAUUAAGGAAUCGUACACAAAUGCCUAAUUAUUGUGAAUUAAAUGAUAAAGAAUUUAAUAAAAGAAUAAGAGUGCAGAGUUCUAAUAAAAUAAUAAAUAAUAACCAGAAUUCAGAAAGAACACAAGAGAAAGCUAAAGAAAUAAAAUCCAAAGAAAAUGAAAAAGCAACAAAGAAUGUUCGAGGAAAAAAACUUAAAACUAAUAAAACUAAAGAUGUCAAUACUAUAACUGAUCCACAAAAUAUCAUAAUAGAAAAUAACUUAUCUAAUAAAUCAGCAGAAAACCAUAAAAAAGAAAUUAAAUCAUCAAAAUUAACUAAAACGAAAACUGCUGUUAAAAAGACAAACAAAUGUGAUGAAAAUAAUAUUCAAAAUGAAUGUAAUAAUGAAGAGCAAACUGAUAAACCUCUUGAAAAACUAACAGCUAAAAAGGGAACCAAGAAGCGUAAACAGCAAUUGAUAAAUUUAAUGGAACAGAUAAAUGAGGGAUAUGAGGAUGAUCUUUUUGAAUCGACUCCAUUUAAAAAACAAUGCAAUAUACUUUCAGAUGAUUUUCUAGAAAUAAAUAUAAAUGAAAAUCAGCAUAUUCAAACACCAGUAUUAAUGAAACCUAUUUGUGAACCUGUAUCUGCUAGGAAAACACCAACAUUUAAUACAGGUAUUAGUCCUGGAACUCUCCUAGCUCAAAGAGGUGAUGCAAAGAUCGUUUGGAAAAAAUCUGGUAAAAGUCUAAAAGCAAAGAAUGACAAAGAGAAGGAAGUUAAAAAGAAACCCAGAUCAUUGAAACCACAGAAAGACAUAAAAAAUAUAUUUGCUACUGAGAAACAAGAAUCUGGUGGAGAAUCAGAUGAUGAUGACUAUUUUUCGGAAGAAGAUUGAUCUACUCUAUAGACAGUGAUCAGUUUUGAUUAAAUUUAUUUCUAUUGUGAUCGAAAUGAAAUAUAAACAAUAUUUCAUUUUGAUUUUGUAUAUAUUUAUUAUGUUAAGAAAGAGAGAUGUUAGUUACAUUUUUUUGUUAUUCUGUUGCAUUUUAUAGUUUUUUUAUGACAAAAAUAUUUUUGAAUUAACUCUCAUACAAACACAUACACACAGACUAUUUAUAGAAUAAAUAUGAAUUAAAUAUAAAAAUAAUUCAGAACUAACAAAAACGAUUAUUUUUUUGUAAUUGAAA